AUGGCUGCUAUUUCUCCCACCAACCUCUCCCCUCGGCCUACCGGUAGUCCCAUCCUCCCGCCCAAUUCGGCUCUUAGAUCGAACCCUGUAAACGAUGAUAGCAGCGCCGACGAGGCCACAGGUUUCAUUUCUCACACGCCGCCUCUGAACUACAGUUCUCUUAAUACUACAACCGCUGCUUCUGGGCCCCGCGCUCGCAAAACCUCGACCCAAAACUCCCACCAGAGACCGUCCUCUCAGCGAAACAACAAUGGAGCUGUACCAAGUCCCCAGACUAGUCGACAAGAUGAAUCGAAUAAUGAAAGUCAGUCAUGGUGGAAGGCACAGGCUGAGAAGUUCCGAUCAAUAGAGCUGGAGAAUAAAGGCAGUGUCGCACGUGAUCAUCUCGCUAUCGAACGAACAUUUCUAGCGUGGCUACGAACUUCCUUAAGUUUUGCAUCGAUCGGUAUAGCUGUUACUCAGCUGUUUCGCCUCAAUACCAGUCUCGAAAGCGGCCAUGAUGGCGACAAGAUUUCCGACCGAAACGCUGCAACAUUGAGACACAUGGGCAAACCUCUCGGCACCACGUUCCUGGGUAUCAGCAUAUUAGUUUUGUUUCUCGGAUACAAGCGUUACUUCCAAUCUCAACACUGGGUCAUAAAGGGCAAGUUCCCUGCCAGUCGUGGCACAAUCAUGAUUGUUGCCUUUGUUGCGUUGGCCAUCAUGGUUGCGUCUCUCAUUGUAGUGAUUGCUAUACACCCCUCCGAGCAUGAGAUAUAA